GAGUUCUGUGGCACAAACAGCAAUUUGUGAACUGAAAGUCUUUCUGAACUGCAGCUCAUCACCACCAGAGACUUCACCAUGAGGUUCCUGCUCCUACUGGCUUUGGUGACAUCCAGCCUUCUACUCACCAGUGCUAUGCAACCUCUUGGAAGAGGCUACAACAGUCAGUGCAUGUGUUUACAGUUCGAGUCCAGGCUCAUCCCUCCUCACAGCCUACGGAGUGUAGAGAUUUUUCCCAAAGGCCCGCACUGCAAGAACACAGAGGUUAUUGCUAGUUUGGUGACCGGGCACAGGAUUUGCCUGAAUACUCGGGCUGCUUGGGUUAAGAAGCUUAUACACUUUAUUGAGAAGAACGAGAACGAGACCAAAAAAGCAUAGAGAGUGAGUCUGGAGAUGUUGGUGGCUGUAACAAAAUCUGACACAGCCCACGAGAUGUCUUGCAAAACAUAACUUUGUGUGGCUUUGCUAAACUGACAAAAUCUGCACUUUCUCAGAUCAAUCUUUGUGCAAUCAUCUACUGAAAAUGUUUAGCCAUUGGGGCUAGAUCAACUGAUCAUCUCAACAUUGUGAUUUAAUAAAGGGGUUUACAGAAAACUCUUUAAAAACUUACCUUUAAGCACUUUGCAAUGCAAUGUUUGAUUUUGUGGCAUAUAUGAGGCAAAGAACAUGAGCAGUUGAGUUCAUUCUGGUUUAAUUUUUUGUAAUGAGAUGAAAAAUACUAUUAAUGCAUUUAUUACUGUUUCUAUUGUUAUAUUUUGCAUGUUAACAUUGUGCUACAUGUAUAAUUAAUUGAAUACCAGCAUUUAUGUAUCAGGAAAGUUGGCACAUUUUUUUCUGGCUGUACAAUAUGUAGCAUAUAUCACUUUAUUUAUUGUAUGUCUGAACACCUACAGUUGAUUUAUUGUAUUAUAUCUCCUCAGUAUAGUACUUAGAGAUUCUGCACCAUAACAUGUGAACCAAUAUCAGUCUACAAAUCAGUUAGGGUAGGUUUAUACUGUACAGAUAUGGAAUCAGAACUGUGUUUUAUGUGGAGAGUAUCACUGAGCUGAACCAAAAAUGUAGGUUUUGACUGCUGGCCUUCAUUAUGGCCUCACUGGGUUCUUAUCAGUUAGAUACAUGUUCUGUGUAAGACCCCAGAGAAAAGGCAGAGAUGUAUAGAGUGUCAAGAUUCCUCAGCACUAGGAAUUACCGGUGCAAGGGCUUCACCCCUCAAACUGCAGGCAUAUGAUUCAGUUAUUAAUCUUAAGACACAUAAUUCAUUAACACAACAGCAGAGGUUAUUUUGCAGGAACUUUAUUCAGCUGGGAUUUAAUUCAUAACUAUCUACUUAUGGAUCUUUAACCACUGAGCUGUUUGUUGUAACAGAGGUAAUUUUUUUACUUGUCUGCAGUGUCACAUGACUAGAACUGGAUCGCUCACUCUUUUGAAAUACUUUUUAUUUUUACAUCUUUUUUGUACAACAAAGAAAACUAAUAAAAUGAAUUGAUCACA